AGCGUGUCGAACGUCACUUCCGUCAACAAAAGCAGGUGCUUUCGUUUUAUACUCGAAAUUCAUAAAUUUACAGAAUAUGGAAGAUUCGAACGAGGACGAACUUGAUAGAUUAGCAAGGGAAGAAUUAACAAAGGAGGCUAAAAGAGGAGCAGAGAGAGCCAGGGAGAUAGGAGCAUAUGGAUGGGUAAAGAGACAAGGAGCUUCAACUGACAAGAAAUUUCUAGGAAAUGUUUUAGUCAGUACUCUCAGAUCAAAUAAGAGAAAACAUUCACGAGAUCAUGAUCACAGAUCACAUAGAAGAAAAUAUAUAGAAAAAAGAGACAGGUAUGACCGUCCCCGUCACAGUUAUCAUCGACAACAUCAUCCACCGAAGUUAAUAAACGGUGGAUAUUUUCGUUACAAUGACCAAAGAAAAUAUUCUCAUACGGAUAAUGGGAAACGUGAAGAAAAAAGAACUGCAGAGAAACAUGAAAGGAUGAGUGACAAAGAUGGUUCUCUGGAAGAUAAACAAACAAUGUCUUUAUCUGAUAGACUAAAGGAUAGAGAGAAAGAAGGAAUGACAGAAGAGAAAAGCAGUGAACAUGAGAUAUUAAACACACAAGAUUUGGGUAAAGAUCACAAAAAGGAUUUUAAGAAUAAGAAACGUAGGGAUGAUAAAAAAGACCGUGAGAAAAAGACAGCAAAAGAAAGAAAGAAGAAAGAAAAAAGCAUAGAAAAAGAGGCACAGUAUAUUCAUUCAGAUGAAGAAAAAGUGACAAUAACAUGUGGCAACUCUGAUACUGAUCUCAUCUCAGAAAAGACAUGUUACAAGGACACAGGUCAAGGUCAUAGAAAAAGGAAUAUUUCAAGUAAAAGUGAAGAAGAGAGCUUGCUUGAGGAUAUUAAGAAACAUAAAGACAGUGAUGACGACAAAAAUCCUCAGGAAAAAAUUAUUGAAAUAUUCGGAGACUAUUUAAUUGAGAAAAAGCAGAAAAAGAAGAAAAAUAAACAGAAAAGUCACAAAGCAAAACAUAAACACAAAAAACACAAACUUAAACAUGAUAAACAUGAUAAAGCAAUUGAAGAUUCUUGACUAAUUGUUUUCAUAUCCCAAAUUCAUGUUAAUUA